AUGCAGCAGAGCGGCGCAGCGAUGCCGCCGAUGCGUCCUUACGAAAACCAGGGCCCGACCAUCCUCGCAACCACGCUAACCGUCACCAUUGUGGCCGUGCUUACUACGGUUGCGAGACUCUAUGUUCGAGUUAAGAUGAUCCGGAAUGUUGGUUGGGACGACUACGUGAUGCUGUUGGCUAUGAUCUUGUGUGUUGCUGGUCAAUGCCUCGUCAUACCGCAAGUCCACUACGGAGCAGGGAAGCAUGUCGACUACAUCGAUAAGGAUGAUUUUGUAGCUGGUCUGAGGCUAAACCUCAUUUCUCAGCCGGUGUUUCUCUUCGCCAUCUGUUUCGUUAAGAUUUCGAUUCCCAUGUUAUGGGGUGUUCAAAUGAAUCGCCGCCACAAAGCCUCCCUUAUUUGCAUCCUCGGCCUUGGGACAUUCGCUACAGCCGCUGCCUUCGUCAAGCUCUCCUACCUACCCAACUACGGGCGCGAAGGCGACCUGCUGUGGGACUCGCGCGACAUGACCAUCUGGACCGUCAUCGAAUGCAACGUCGGUAUCGUCGCGGGUAAUCUGCCCUGUCUCAAACCGCUUUUCCGCUCUCUCCUCGUAUCCACAUACGGCUAUGGUUCCCGCAAGACCUCGCAGCCACGAUAUUAUCCAGAUGCGUAUGGAGCAGGCACCAAACAGCGUUCUGCAGUCAAAAACUACAAUUCUCUCGGGUCGAACAAGACAUCAGACGGCGAAUAUGCAGGCCAUGGCAAUACAGGUAAAUCAUACAUGCUCACAACGAUCGAUGCGGCGACCACGACAGCUGGAGGGUUGAGCAGGAGCUCAUCCGAGAGGAGCUCUCCCAUCGUAGAAAGAGGUAGCACUGAAAGUAUUACGAGGUUGAACAAUAAGAUCCAGGGUUCCGGCGGGUUGGGCAACAUUACUGUCACGACGAAGGUAAACAUAACUGAAUCGUUGCAUUCGCAGGAAACAUCCGAGGCCGGGAGGAGUUAUCGGACACCACAAGCAAAGGAGAUGGUAUGA